UUUCUACUGACAAUUCUACAGAAAAAAUAAAUACUUUAUAAUUAAAAAAAUAACUAAUUAAAAUGUACAAAACAAAGUCCAAACCACCGAAUAGGAACGAUUUGCCACAAUUAAUGAAAGAUGUGCCGGAAGAACAUAAAGAAUAUGUAACAAAAUUGUGCAAAAAAAUGCUACAGCAUCAGGCGUAUGGACAACCUUAUGAAUGGACAACAGCCGAUUUUGAAAUGGGUGCUCACUUGGGCCGUGGCAAAUUCGGUCGUGUUUAUUUGGCCCGCGAGCGCAGCAGUCAUUAUAUGGUGGCCAUGAAAGUUCUCUUUAAGGAAGAGUUGCGCAAAGGCAAUGUACAGCGACAGGUUUUACGCGAAAUCGAAAUACAAUCGCGACUAAAACAUCCGAAUAUUUUACGUUUAUUGACAUGGUUCCAUGAUAAGGAACGUAUUUACAUGGCCUUAGAGUUGGCCUCCCAGGGAGAGGUCUAUACAAUAUUACGAAACUCACCAAAUAAUCGCUUUGAUGAACCGAGAGCUGCUAAAUAUACUUAUCAAGUCGCCGAUGCUUUGCACUAUUGUCAUUUGAACAAGGUAAUACAUCGUGAUUUGAAACCGGAGAAUAUUCUGUUGACGGCAUCGGAUGAUGUAAAGUUGGCGGAUUUUGGUUGGUCAGCUCAUGCGGUAUCGAAUAAACGUAAAACAUUUUGCGGUACCUUAGAUUACAUACCACCCGAAAUGGUAGAUGGUCGUACCUAUGAUGAUGCGGUGGACCAAUGGUGUUUGGGUAUUUUAUGUUAUGAAUUUCUAGUGGGUGCUGCACCUUUCGAAUCAAACGACACCGAUAAGACUUAUGAGAAAAUUCGUCGGGUAGAAGUAAAUUAUCCGCCACAUUUGACGGUGGGAGCUAAAGACGUCAUAUCGAAAUUGUUGCGUAAAUCAUCAAGUGAUCGUAUUACAUUGGUGGGUGUAAUGCAGCACUCUUGGAUUAAGCAGAAUAUGGAAAUACGUAAUAAUCAAUUGGCAAUAAAGGAGGCACAAGAAAAGUAAUUUGUAAUUUUUAUGUGAAUUAUACAAAAUUUAUUUUUUUCCCAAAAUAUUAGAUUAAGUUAUGUUGCAAGUUUAAUAAAAUACAUUUUAAAAAGA